UGGAACAUUGUCAAGAUGACAUUUGAUCCGCACGCGGUCCAAGUCGGUAGCGGCCUGCACGCUCAGUGCGGCAUUGUGACACGCGCGAGAGCUGUUCUACGUGCGCGAUCCUGCGGCGAGAUAAAAGGCCACGGCACAUACGAGGGUAUGGAGAAGCCUAUAGUGCGGGCGAGGGUGGUGAAGGUCCUCGGCAGAACAGGCUCCCAGGGACAAUGCACGCAGGUCAAAGUAGAGUUCCUGAACGAGCAGAACAGGCAGCUUAUCAGGAAUGUCAAAGGUCCCGUGCGCGAAGGGGACAUUCUGACGUUGCUGGAGUCCGAGCGGGAAGCCAGGCGGCUCCGCUGAAUUGGAGGAAACAAUCGUCGCGUGCAUAACAGGGACGCGUUAGAACAGCCAAAGUUCAAUCUUGACACUUUGGGGACAAGGCACGUCGACGAGGUUGAGGAAGAAAGAAGCUCUGCAGCUGGUUCUUGUAUAUCACUUUUUUAAAUUUUGAAACAAUGUGUCGGACGAAGAGGAA